CACCAGAUUAUUUUCCUUUAUAUUUAAACCUCCCCGAAAACCCUAACCCUCGAAACCUUAAGUUAGCAAGAGAGCAGCAGCAGUCUCGGCGGCGGCAGUUCUCCCCAGGGUCUAUUUUCUAAACACCCAUCAAACAGAAAUGAAGUUCAAUAUUGCAAAUCCGACUACUGGCUGCCAGAAGAAGCUGGAAAUUGACGAUGACCAGAAACUCCGAGCCUUCUUUGACAAGAGGAUCUCCCAAGAAGUCAGUGGUGAUGCCCUUGGCGAGGAGUUUAAGGGCUAUGUGUUCAAGAUAAUGGGAGGCUGUGACAAGCAAGGUUUUCCAAUGAAGCAAGGAGUUCUGACUCCAGGCCGUGUUCAUCUUUUGCUUCACAGAGGUACUCCCUGCUUCCGUGGGUAUGGUAGGAGAAAUGGAGAGCGAAGGAGGAAGUCAGUUCGCGGAUGCAUUGUUAGUCAAGAUCUUUCAGUUCUGAACUUGGUUAUUGUUAAGAAGGGUGAAAAUGAUCUUCCUGGAUUGACCGACACUGAGAAGCCAAGAAUGAGGGGUCCAAAGAGAGCUUCGAAAAUCCGGAAGUUGUUCAACCUCUCUAAGGAAGAUGAUGUUCGGAAAUAUGUUAAUACAUAUCGCCGAACCUUUACAACCAAAUCUGGUAAAAAAGUAAGCAAGGCUCCCAAAAUUCAGAGGUUGGUGACUCCGUUGACCUUGCAGAGGAAGCGUGGCAGAAUUGCAGAGAAGAAGAAGAGAGUUGCAAAGGCCAAGGCUGAUGCUGCUGAAUACCAGAAGCUCCUUGCCCAGAGGUUGAAGGAACAGCGUGAGCGCAGGAGUGAGAGCUUGGCCAAGAAGAGAUCUAGGCUCUCUGCUGCUUCUAAGCCAUCCAUUGCAGCUUAAUUGUACCACAUACAAGGAUUGGUAUUUUCUUCGGUUUUGAAUGUUGAUUCUAAAAUCUCAUUAUAGGUUGAGGUGAUUUUGACUUGACAAUGCUUUUAAGUUUUCAUGACAUUAUGUUUUGGAUGCUUACCUAUUCCUCUAUUUAUUUCAUGAAUUUUUUUAUAUUCAA